AUGCAGGCAAAAGAUGCAAAUGUUGUCUUUUGCAUGAAUUGCAACACCUUCUACCAGAUGUCUAUGUUGGGGGACCGGCUUUCUUCACUAGUGUUGUCUAUGUAUGGGACAAUUGACCAAGUUGCUGGAAUGCUUCAGCCCGACUGUGUCCCCAUCACAGAGUGGAAACAGAACGAGACCGAGUGCUUACAAGAGAUUCAGCUGCACAUGAACGAAACCGCAGGUUGUAAAAGAUUAUGGGACCGGCUUCUGUGUUGGCCCGAUGCAGAUCCUGGAGACACGCUUUCCUUCACCUGUCCAGGUAUCAUCUUCCACUUCACAAAGAAAUCAGGUGUGGUGAAACGAAGUUGCACAGAUCAAGGCUGGUCUGAUCCGAUUCCACCUUAUUCGGUAGCAUGUUCGAUGGAAGAUGAUGUCUCUCUGGAUGAACUUUCCUUCUUUUCAACCAUCCAGACCAUCUACACCGUGGGUUACAGCAUCUCAGCUAUCUCGCUUACCGUCGCCAUCCUGAUUCUACUUGCAUUCAGGAGACUCCGUUGCCCCAGGAACUACAUCCAUGUCCACCUUUUCAUCACCUUCAUCUUGAAGGCCAUUUCCAUCUUCAUCAAGGAUGCGGUUCUCCUGGAGAGUGAAGGGAGCGAUUACUGCACCUACUCCACGGCUGGAUGCAAGAUCUCCAUGGUGCUCGUUCACUACUUCACCAUGGCCAACUUCAUGUGGCUGUUAGCAGAAGCUCUCUACCUCAACUGGCUGCUUCUUUCUUCCUUUCCCCAUGGAAGGAAAUACUACUGGUGGCUUGUCCUCUUCGGAUGGGGUGUCCCGACAUUCUUCACCAUGUUAUGGGCAGUACUCAAACUGCAUUUUGAAAAUGAUUUGUGCUGGGACACGAAUCAAGGUUCCCCUUACUGGUGGGUCAUCCAGGGCCCCAUCAUGCUCUCUGUUGGGGUCAAUUUCAUUCUUUUCAUCAAUAUUAUCCAAAUCCUGCUGAAAAAACUGAAUCCCAGAAAAAUCAAUUUGAACAGCUCAUUUCAGUACAGACGCCUCUCUAAGUCAACCCUGCUCCUCAUACCCUUGUUUGGGACUCAUUACAUCAUCUUCAACUUCCUGCCCGAAAACACCCAGGUGGGAGCCCGUCUCUUCUUGGAGCUGUGCAUUGGAUCAUUCCAGGGUUUCAUCGUUGCCAUUUUAUACUGUUUUCUGAAUCAAGAGGUACAAACAGAAAUUUGCCGGAAAUGGCAAGGCCACAAUUAUGAAUUUAUGAUGCCUUCUUGGAGGAAGAAGCCAAAAUGGGUGAUGCCCUCAAGUUCAGGAAUCAAAGUGGCAACCUCGGUGGUUAAGAAUUAA